AUGGACGUAUUUACUGUUGCGACACCUGUUAUCGUGAUCUCAUUUCUCUCGUUUCUUACUCUCCGUCUAAUCAUCAAAUACUGCAAACCGUCCCAAUCGGCCGUCGUCUCCUCAUCAGACACUGAGGCACCCGAUUUCACACGUGUCGCUAAUCAUCUGUUCGUCUCAAACACCCCACACACUUACAGCCGAAUCUACGUUGACGAAGAUGCGAAUGUUCGAAGUGUAACAAUCACCCGAAUAUCUCCACCUGGUCAGCAUAUUGUCGGUUAG